GCGAAGGAGAGGGGGGAGAGGGAGACAGAGAGAGAGAGAGAGAGAGAGAGGGAGGGAGAGCAGUACAGAGGUGGUGUGAGUGAGGAAGGGAUUGAAGGGAAGAAAGAGAGACAUGACAAAAAUAUCAAAAGGCAGAAAGCACGCCGUACCAUGCGAGCUAAAUUGGUGACCGAUGGGAUCGAGGAUGUCGGAUUAAUGGUGACUACAGCAGCCCGUUUUCGCAGAGGAAGCUUCUCUAUUGCAACUUGGGCGCAGAGGGUCCGCGGGGAAACAUGGCCGAAGGAGGGCCGGGUAAAGGUGGCGGAGAAGACCCCGCCAAGUCCACCGAGCAGGAGGACCGGACUCGACCUCAGAUCCUGUCGGGAUUGGGCUUCUGCAAAUGGUUCAACGUCCGGAUGGGCUUUGGAUUUAUCUCAAUGACCAGCAGCGAAGGGAGCCCCGUCGACCCCCCUCUGGAUGUUUUCGUCCACCAAAGCAAACUGGUGAUGGAGGGCUUCCGCAGCUUAAAGGAGGGUGAGCAGGUGGAGUUCACCUAUAAGAAGUCCUCUAAGGGCCUGGAGUCCCUGCGGGUGACCGGACCUGGUGGGGGACCCUGUGCAGGCAGCGAGAGGAGACCCAAAGGGAAGGUCCCACUCCAGAAACGUAAACCAAAGGGAGACCGCUGUUAUAACUGUGGAGGUCUGGAUCACCAUGCUAAGGAGUGUGGCCUGCCCCCCCAGCCAAAGAAAUGCCACUACUGCCAGAGCAUCAUGCACAUGGUGGCUCAGUGUCCCCACAAGGUGCUGGCACCCGCCACAGGCUCUCAGGACCAACAUGCGUCUACCUCGGCCUUUAGCCCAGGGACCGGGCCCUACCUCUGCCCCCCAGAGGAGGAGGAGCGCUCCAGCUCGUCUCCCCUAGAGGGCUCCUCCUCCUCCCCAGAAGAGCCCCCCACACGUGGCCCCCGGACCCAGAGGUGGAGGAAAUCCUGAAAACAGCCCAUAGAGGUGAACCUUUCACCACUAACCCCUGACCCUCAUGUCUCCCCUCAAUCAAGGAUACCUGAAGCCCCCCCUCAUCUACCUCACACCUGUGGAAAAAAAUGGGAGGUCUUGAUUUCUUUACUUUUAUUCUAUUUGUUUUUUAUUUUUUCUAACCAGCGCAGCUAUGGCAACGAUCACCGGGGUAUGGAUGUGCGUGAAUGUGUGUGACUGACUUGCAGUCAUCUGGUGCAGCUAUGGCAACCACAGCUGGAAUGGUGACUGCAGGGAAUCACUGAAUGAAUUUUUCUUGUUUCAAUCAGUGCAGCUCAAGAGUGAAACAACAUGGUAUGAAUUUUGGUUUGAUGAUCCCCCCCCUCCUCUUGGACCUAAGUGUUGGCCAUUUUGAAUGCUUUUUCCUUACAGAUGUUGUCGACUCAAAGCCACAAAUUUAUAUCCUGUAGACCUAAUCAUUCAGAAAAUCAUGAUGCAUCCUUUUAGCACACACGGUAGCUCAUUUAAAGAAGGAUUAGAAGAACACUUUUAAAAGCUUGAGACCCUCUAAGCGAUAAUCUAGUCCCAUAGGAUUGUUCGCUUGGCUUAUAAAGAUCUUUAGGGAAACUUUAUGGAUUCCAGAGGGAUUUUUUAAAAAGACAGUGGGCUGCUAAACAUGUUCUCUAUAAUCUUGAAACACUCAGUACAUACCUCUCUCCUACAUGAAAUAGACUGGACCAACUGAUUGUCAAAGAGUGAGCAUGUGUGUUUGUGCAUGCACGUACAAGACUGAGAGAGAGAGAGAGAGAAUGAGAAAGUGUGUGUUUGUAUGCGUGUGUUGUGCAUGCUGGAGCGCCUCUUCUCCAGAUGCGAGUCAGCACUAUUAACUUUCAGUUUCCUAUUAUUAGAGACAUGCCUUAGAUAUGACAUCAUAUAAUCCAGCUAGAUCAUAGUUUAGGUAAGGUAAUGAAUUGAUCAUUAGACUUCCAUUUUAAUUGUUGCGUAAUUAGUUGAAAAUAACAUUACAGUUUAUAAAUCAUAGUAUAAGUCAUUAAUAUAUAUGUAAAGUCACAAGAUAUAAUUGAAAUUCUAUUAACUUUAAGUAAUGCAUAUAUAAGGAAUUAGCUCUGACAUAGGUGAAUAGCCCUGUAUAUUGCAUGGGAUACUUUAUUGUUGUGUGAAAACUUGUAGCUCUUGCUCUAUUUAACCGUUUUCAUCCAUAACAAAUCAAACUGACUUUUUUAUUCAAAUUUUUACUCAAUGCCUUCUUCAUUAGUUCAAAUAGUCAGCAAUCCUUCUGACCCAGUACAAAGACUCACCUUGUUUGAUUAUAGGUGUAGUGUCAGACCAUUACAGUAUCAUCACAGCUGCUCUACUUACUUAAUACCUCACCAAUUCUUCCUCUCGGAAAUGAAUGUCACAGAACGUCAAGCUGUUUGCUCUCCCAGCUGUGUUACAGUAAGAUCGGACCACCUGUUCCUCUUCCAUCUGUGCCUACCAGUUGUUAGUUAGCACCAGCCAGGUAAUGCUCACUCCUCUUUAGGAUGAGACGCCGUCGCUGCUGCUGCUUCAGACUCACUGAAGAGGGAGGGAGAGAGAGAGAGAGAGAAAAGAGUGCUGCUUUUGGUAUAACUUGAAUCCCAAGCAUGGCUUUAGUGGCACUUAUUUGUGACCUAACAACUCUUCUCUGACCAUAUUGAAUGUGAAAAGAGCUUAUCUGAAGACGACUCCCCACAAAGUUCACACCGGGUCGCUUUGGAGUUUGUAUCUUAAUGUUCUGACAAAUCAAAUAACUUUGUAUGAUGAUAUCAAACUAGCUUGUGUGUUUUUAAAAGCUCUAAGUAGACAACCAACUUUUUUUGGUAUAUUUCUAUACCAGAGUUUGGCUCUAUUUUCUGAAGGCAUUUAAAGUUACGACUUGCAGAAGUGCUUGCUAUUCUCGCUCUUUCAGAAUAAGAGGGACUUAUUGCUGAAACGCAACACUGCAGUCUUUGUUUUUAUGUACAGCUUUUUGAAUGUGUGCGUGCGUUAAAAAUCAAAUAUUCAACAAUGCAGCAUGGCAGAAAAAAAAGUGAAUGACCAAACCACAUAAGGAGCACAGCCCAUGCUCAAAUCUUUAUGGAAACAACAUCUUUUUGUAUGAUGUAUUUUUACAUUUUUAAACACAAUUCCUCUCAGGAUGAUUAACUGUUCUCAGGGAAUUAACCAAAAAAAGUGUAUUUUAUUCUUUUGGGAAUCAUCCACUGACUGACUCAAUAAACUCUGUUAAGCAUCGGUGAAGAGACAUAUGUAACUGAUUCAUGUACUGAUAUUAGCAACUACCUCUUGAGUUAUACAUAGUUGUGCAUUUCUUUUUGUUUUGUAUAUUUUUUUGAUGCGCUUGUAUGAUUCACUGUAGGUCUCUAUUGUACUGAGGUGUUGUGUGAGAAGUUCCCUAGUGUUGCCACAGACUCCCUGGUCUUCCUUCCCAGAUUUGAGUUAGUUACUUUUUUCUUUUACUGCAAAACUCUUUUUUUUUUUGUUUACAGCAAAAGCCUACCUCAUAUGCGCUGUUCCUUCACAAACUCCUUACCUCCUCCCAGCCCCCCUCUACCUCCUCCACACAAUUAUUUGUUAAUGAAAUUGCCACUUGUCGCACUUGAGUCACAUGGCAUUUUCAAAGAAUCAGCCCUGAAAUGGCUCGUCACUUGUGACACCAAAUAAAUCUUACAAUCAAAGCUGUUUUUGAAGGUUUUACACAGGUCUUCAGAAUGGGUGUGUUUGUCUCACACAUCCAAGGUGAAGUUUUUCUGCCAGUUCUGUGUUAUACUGUCCAUAUACACUCAUCACUCAGCUGCAGAGAGCCAGUGAGUUUACCUCAGUUUGUUGGGCUAACUAUAGACAUGUUAAAUAUGAAAUAUUUUACAAUUCCGUGUGAACACAUUUUGAAAAGACAUCGACUGUUGUUUUUAGUUUUUAAGUAUUUUGUCAUAUCCGUUUUUGUAACCACUUGAUAUGAUGGGCUUAAGGUGGAGAAGAAUAGGAUUGUACUUCGCACAAGGAGUGCCUAUCUCUGUUUUGUUUGUCUGACCCUAUUACCAAAUAGAUAUUUUCCUCUUUUUGAGCUCCAUGGUAUUGGCCUUUGUCAGUCAUUUUUACAGCCUCAGAUAAUCAGAAGUUGUGUGGUUUGGAGAUGAUGCCCCUUGCAAACUACAUUUGUAGUUUAGAGCGCCAUUGUUAACAGUUAACAUGAAAUCAGUAGAUCUUGUACUAAUGGUGACAUUGCAUAGACGUCAUUCUAAAAAUGCUUAUGAAGAUGAAUAUUGUUAUCAGUACUUUUUAAAAACUAACUCAUGAGAUCAAAGAUUGAUUUUGCAUGUGACCGCAGUAUUACAGUUCACACUCAGCUGAGAGAAUCACUAUGUUGCAGUGGGCCUACAUAUGGAACUGGACGCUUGUUUAUGCCAAUUAAAAACAAAAUACACAACUGUGGUAAAAUAGUGAUGAUAUUGUUGUUAGUAACUUCACAUUUUCUUCCAAUCAAUGUAACUACUGAUUGAUCUCUUGUUUAUUGUCCUGUUCAGUAUUUGACACAACCAAGAAACACUCUCGUACAGGAGAAUAAUCUCCUGAAGGUAGUAAUAAUCAAAUGGUUAUUGUAGAGGUUUGUCAUGGCUGCAUACAAAUUGGUAGAAUUGUGUUAACAUUUUCCCACUUGACUUAAGUUUUUAAUCAUGCAAACAGGAGACAACACAAGCAAAGAGUCUCAUCCAUGCAUUUAUCAAAAAUGUUGCAGAGGGUUUUACUCAAGACCAAACAUUUGUGAACCUGAAUGUACCAGUUGUAUCUCAGCAGAAGGCUCAAUUUUAAUCUCAGGCCUUGAAAAGGGAACAUGGUAUUCUCAGAUGUAAUUUGCUGCCACAGAAUACAACAAGAAAUAAAAACAAGAAAUAUUUAGAGUGUGGUCACACAUUUUACCCAACCCCAAAUUACUUGGUUGUGGCUUCUUCUUUUGAAAUUCACACAAAUCUGAGAGUCAACACUGAUGCAUUUCUGCCCUGCAGUGGUGGUAAUGGAGAAAUGAGAUGUAAGAUGAAGAGAGAUACACCUAUGCGGCAUUAUGCAGUGUUCAAAGACAUUGCAGAGAAGAUCACUAAUGACACCAUCUACACAGAUUGUGAUAUUUAUUGAGAAACUGGGAUAAAUCAGAUUAACUUUUUUUUCAAAACUCUUUUGUUUGAAUCUUUUAUUUCAUUAAAUGUAUUUGUGUAGAGUUGUGGGAUUUUAAAGGAUAAUUCAGGUUUUGUAGUCUUAUAGUUUUAUCAUUCAAUAGAGAGCCGACGUCACAUCCGGGUUAGCCUCUGUUCCACUAGCUUCUGUAACUCAAUACAAUCUCUCAUUCACCAUUUCUUCCAUCGGUCUUUCUCAAAACAAUGAAGUGUGUUCCUGGGGUUUACUUACUAAGACAAAUCGGCAUCCACUACAGAAGUUGCUAUUAGAAAUUGAAACCUUCGUGAUUUUAAGAAAGUAAAACAAGAUCACUUUAUAAGCAUAGAAAAAAACUACGACUCCCAUGAAAACUUACAUAAUAACUUGAUUUAGUCCAUAUCCAUAAAACUCGCCACCGCUCUUUUCUAAAGUGUUUUUUCCAACUUUUUAGUCGUAAUCUCUGCUGUCUAAACUUAUACAGCACUUUGUCCUUUGUCCUGUUAUUACAAUAUGACUGAGCUAACCGCAGGCCCUCGACUCGACUCCUCAGUCGGGCUGUGACGUUUAGCCCGCGAACAUCGAGGGCUUAUGGGAAAUGUUCGUUAGAACAUACAUUGAAUAAACAACGAUAUUAGAUCGUUUUUCAAAAAACUACCGUCCUUAUCUAAACAUAUAUAUAACAUAUAUAUAUAUAUAGCACAUACUGUUGAGAAAGGCUAGGUUCCAUGGCUGUAUUUUUAGUUAUUAGCGUAUUUACAAAUGUCAUUGGGAUUUUAAAUGAGGUUCUCACUUCUGGAACAGAACCCGGAAGUUCCGGUUUCACUUCGGCUCUCUCGCUCAUGGUUUACCUCUUUGGAAACUGUCAUACAUGAAUAUUUAAAAUUGGGAUGAUUUUGUCGCUGUGUAGUGAAAACCAUGUCCAAAUCUUAAGAAAAACAGCUUUGUUUUAUAUUAAUACGUAAACAUUUUGGCAAAUACAAUUAGGCCUACUCACUUUCUGGUGGAGAGUUAAAUUUUACAUUUGUUAGCUUAGCACUAAGACUGGAAUCAGCUAGGGAAACAGCUAGCCUAACCCUGUCCAAAGGGAAAAAAAACCUACCAGCACAUCUGAAGCUCUAAAAAAUCAUUGAACAUGUCAGUUAAUUAGUGAAUAUAACAUUUUAAUCAGUGGAAAUGUUAUAUCUUUUUUAAUUUGUGAGCAUUAGAGGUUCUAGUAGGUGGACUUUGUUACCUUUUGACAUAGCCAGGCUAGUUGUUACAGUCUUCCAGUUUUUGUGCAAAAAAAAAAAAAGCUAUGCUAACUUAACUUAACCAGCUGGUGGCAUAUCACAUUUCUCAAAAUGUCAAACUUCUGCUUUAAACUUUGUGGCACUGUAUUUUUGAGAUAAUCCAGUUUAAUUUUAAAGGAUUUUAUACGCCUUUUCUCACACCUUUAAGGGAGCAUUUUAAACAUGUUUAUUUGAAAAGUUAAAAAUCACUAAACUUGUGGUUUUCAUUGGACAGCAACUUAAUCCUAUCUAAUUAAAUUACAAUAUCACCUAAUAUAAUUGAAGGGAAAGUGUGUUAGCAGUGGCUACAUAUUUCUGAUGCUUAAGAGACUGAAACCGUACACCUAAUCCAUGAACUACUCCAAAACACAAUAAUUAAAUGAAAAUCACAUUUAGGCCUUAUAUAACCAAAACAAACACCUGAAUUAUCCUUAACAAUGUAUCAAAAGCCUCUGGAGACUGACCAGAUCUAUAUACACAGUCUAUAGAUGUACUAUGCCAUGAUCACAGACAGGGAAACCUCAGCAGUCUGUCUCACUGCUCCCUCAUGUGGUUGUUUAGGAGAUGACUGCAGACAGACUGAAGUUCACAUACCUCAACUGCUGCCUUUGUCAGCUGCUCUGUGCUUUGCCUUGACUGGAGAAACAAUGUAUUCUAGGGGAUGGCCAUUUAUGAUGGGGGUUUUUUUUAACUGAACUGUAUCAUGUCAGAUCCAUAUUGUGUUUAUGAACAUGAAAUCAUACUGGAACAUUGGACCUCUGAAGGAUCUAUAAAUCCAACCAAGGCAGUUAAAAGUGCAGAUACCUCCUUGUAUUGACCAAUAACCUAACAUUUCUCAUGUUUGUUUAUGUUUUUACUCUCUACAUUUAUGGCCAGAGGGAGUCUUCUGUGCUCUCUUUCUCUGGAGUAUGUCUAGAGCCAAGCACUGAUUGCUUUUGAAUGGGGGGAAAAAUGUUCUAUGUGCAUAUCACUCAUUAUUUUAGCCCCAAUAUAAGUGUACUGCCUUUUUUAUUUCUGUGGAUUGGAUUUUUAAAUAUGUCUGAAAUGUUUUACUUGAUUGGAAAAUAAACAUAUUAUAUUGGCAUUAAAGUAUGUAUAAUUUCUACUAGA